AUGCGACGCCUUCAGCGUUUUGGCUUCCUUCCAGUAGAACCGGAUCUUUUCUUUCAUUUUGCAAAAUCAGGACGUUAUUAUGAUAUCCGAUCUGCAGCGCUCGAGUGCCUUGUAGACUAUGUUCGUGGUGAACGCGAUCAGAGAGCAUUAGACUGGAUAUUUGAGGAAAUCAUCGAAAAUACUGAAGAGGUGGCUCGGCUGCGCUAUGAAACUGUUCGUAUUCUCAUUAAAGUACCACCUUUUCAGCGGGGUGAAACAGGAAGUCGUUUAGAUACUACCAGGUUGGUUGAGCGUCUUUGGGCUAUAAUGAAUUAUACAGCCUCCUAUGACGCUCGCCUAAGAUGUUCAGUAUCAGAUCUAUACUUUACACUAUAUGGAAAUCAACGUCCUGCUUGUCUUCCUCUUCCUGAAGGGCUUUUGCUAGUUCGUGUUCGUGAAGGACGUUCUCUACUUAGGCUUUCCGAACAGAAAUAUGAUGAUAAAAACGAAUCUUUCAUAAAUUCUGUCCCUAGUUGGAGUGGCGUCAGUACUAACGACUCAUCGGAUAAUCGUGUGAUUACUGAGGAUCUUGAUGAAGGUGAAGAAUCGGAUAGUGUGGAUGAUCUCUAUCCUGAAUGUGCAGCAAUGAGCACUCAUCAUAGUGAUCCCAGUGAUUCGGAAUUUUUUGCUACGGCAAACACUACCAGCUUCGGAAAUGGCUUGACUGAAAGUAGCGUCAUUGGACAGGCUGGAGAUACUCGGCAUGUUGAUUCUAUUGCAGAGAAAGAUCCACGAAGGCGUCUCGCUCUCGAUAGUGAUAAUCACGAAGAAGCAACGACAUAUGGAGAAAGUAAACGUCAAAAGAGGAUGGAACGCCUUAGUGAUGACGAUGAAGACGAAGAAGACUAUUCCUUUGGAUGCAAUUUCAAAAUCUUUCAUUGA